AUGGACGCUUUACCUUGCAUCUACUCUCACCACAAGAAAGCUUGGAUCGAUGGCACAUCAUUUCGCAAGUGGCUUCUUCGUUUCAACAGUCGAAUGGUUGCUCAAACUAGACAUGUUCUUCUUACAUUGGACAGAUGUACAGCUCAUAACGGUCGUGGUCUGAACCUAUCCAACAUACAGGUUCAGUUUUUUCCACCCAACGCCACAAGCUGCCUUCAGCCUUUGGACCAAGGCAUAAUCUCUCUCAUAAAGAGAGCUUAUCGUAAACGACUUGUAAGAUCUGCAAUUCGUGCUGCUGAAAACAAUAGUGCAACCCCAAAUUGGAAUCUGAUUGACGCAAUAAAAGGCAUCGCAGCAGCCUGGAACUCAGUAUCGCCACAUCAUAUAGGGAAGUUGUUUAACAGAGCUUGGAGACAUAGCAACACUGAAGAUGUCCACGAGUUAGAAGAUGCCACUUCACCUGAUGAAUGGACAGUUCUGCAGGACGUUGCGUACCGUGGGAUUAGUGUCGAAGAAUUCAUUGGUGUGGACGACGAUGUUGCCGUAUGUGCUUCUGUGGAAUCGGAUGUGCCAAAAGCUGUGAACGAGGCGCAAGAAUGGCCAUCAGAAGAAAGUGAAGAGGAAGUGAAUGCAGAUACCAUUCCACUUACCCGUCAGGAGAUGUUUACAGCCUUGGAUUGUUUAGAACGGUUUGCUUCAACAUCCGACGUCACUGCUGGGUUUUCGGACGCUAGCACUACAAUUGGUUGUGAAAUUGCAAAAUAUUAUCGUACCCAUGAACGCCAGCGCUAG